AUGGAUCGUAGUUGGAUUGACGCUCUAAGAACAAGUGACGAAUAUGAGUGUGGGGUGGAUCAGUUUUUGGAAUUUGUGAAGAAUAAUGUUCCUAAUAACAAUGGAUUGUUUUAUUGUCCUUGUGUUAAAUGUAUGAAUAGGUUGCGACAAAUUACAACAGAAAUAAAGGAUCACUUGAUUUGUUUUGGGUUCUACAAAGUAUAUAAACAAUGCGUAUUGCAUGGUGAGUCUAAAAAACAUAGAGUGUGCCAGAUUGAGAAAGAUGAUAUGGAUAUGGAUGAGCGAGUGGAAGAUAUGAUUCAUGAUGUAGGUGUUGAUGUUGUUAAGCAAUUACAUAAAUAUAGUAACUUGUGCAAUGAUGCCGAAAAGCCUUUAUAUCCUGGGUGCACAAAGUACACAAGGUUGACAGUAGUGUUAAAGCUAGUCAACUUAAAAGCAAAAAAUGGGUGGAGUAAUAAGAGUUUCACAGAGUUGCUUAUAUUGUUGAAAGAUAUGCUUCCAAAAGGUAAUCUACUUCCAGAUCAUAAUUAUGAGGCAAAGAAGAUAUUAUGCCCAAUAGGAUUAGGAUAUAAAAAGAUACAUGCUUGCCCCAAUGACUGUGUAUUAUAUAGAAAAGCAUACGAUGAGCUGGAUGCAUGUCCGGUCUGUGGGACAUCAAGCUAUAAAGUAAAAGAGAUGGAGGGUGGUGAUGUUAUUACUAAGGGGCCUCCUGCAAAGGUAUUGUGGUAUCUUCCGAUAAUACCAAGAUUUAAACAUUUAUUUGCUAAUGCAAAUGAGGCAAAGAAGUUAAGAUGGCAUGUUGAAGAAAGGAAAACUGACGGAAUGCUUCGACAUCCUACUGAUUCUUCUCAAUGGAAAAGGUUCAAUCAAUUAUUUUCUGAAUUUGGUAAUGAGCCUAGGAAUCUUAGGCUUGGACUUUGCACGGAUGAGAUGAAUCCUUAUGGAAAUCUUAACAGUCAACAUAGCUCAUGGCCUGUUCUCUUAGUGAUUUAUAAUCUACCUCCUUGGUUGUGUAUGAAACACAAGUAUAUUAUGUUAUCUUUGAUGAUUUCGGGCCCAAAACAGCCAGGAAAUGAUAUGGAUGUUUAUCUAGUACUGUUGAUUGAUGAUUUGAAGAUGAUGUGGGAGGUAGGUGUAGAUGUAUUUGAUACAUAUCAUGAAGAGUCUUUUAAGCUAAGAGCUAUGAUUUUUUGCACAAUAAAUGAUUUUCCUGCUUAUGGAAACUUAUCCGGAUAUAGUGUUAAAGGGCACAAUGCAUGCCCUAUAUGUGAAGCAGGACAUCUCACCAAUAGUUAUCACAUGGAAAGAAGACAUUUUAUCUUGGUCAUCGAAGAUUUCUUAAACCAGGCCACCCUUAUCAAAGGAAGAAAAAGGAAUUUAAUGGCUUUCAAGAGUAUAAGGACCCUCCAGAGCCCCUUACUAUAUACCAAGUAUAUGAACAGGUGA